AUGUGUGAUAAUUUGGUGGCGAGGACGGGGAGGCAACUGCAGCGGUAUGAUUCGGGUUUUCGCCUUGUUGCUGGGUGCAUUCCCUAUAGGUAUAGAGACUUGGAAAAUAGUACUUGUGAGGAUUCAAACAAGGUUGUAGAGGUGCUCAUGAUCAACUCACCUAGCGGCUCUGGACUACUGUUCCCAAAGGGAGGCUGGGAAAAUGAUGAAACAGUUCAAGAGGCCGCACUUAGGGAAGCUGUUGAGGAAGCAGGCGUUCGAGGAAAGAUAGUGAAAUUUCUUGGGUUCUACGAGUUUAAGAGCAAAACCCAUCAAGAUGAAUGCAACCCAGAUGGGUGUUGUCGAGCUGCAAUGUUUGCUAUGGCUGUGGAAGAAGAGCUCGAGUCGUGGCCUGAGCAAAGCACUCGAAGCAGAAAAUGGUUAAGUGUAACAGAAGCAGCCGACAGCUGUCGGUACCCGUGGAUGAGAGAGGCUCUCAUCGAGGGCUUCUCUAUGUGGCAUCACGAAUCGAGUGACACCGAUACUAAGUGA